AGAACAAGGAAACGCCCCUAAAGAAAAGAAUAAGGAAUGAAUAAAUUUCCCCUUUAAAAAAGAGUGGAUGGGAGGUAUUCACGGAGAGAGAAAAGGAGGGGAUGGUGGUGCACGCACUGAUCAGGCGAGAGAAAAGCUGAGAGAGGAUGGAGAAACCACAUGCGCGAGUGGGGCGCUACCACCGUCCCGACUGCAGCAUGCCUCCUCAGGCCCCAAGGAUCAAAUUCGCCUGACCACUGAUCAUCAUGACAAUGCGAAUUUCUUCAUCCACUCACAGGAUUUGCCGCAUCUGGUACCUCGGCCACCUUGCCAUGUUGAGGCAGUAGCCGGUAGGUGCAACCAGCCAAUGUGAACGACAGUGCACAGACGCCCUUCAGCCCUUGACAGCAGCGUUCGCCAAAUCAAGUCGCAAGAAGAUCGUCGCCACUCGCCACCACCCACCUCAUCUAGCCUCCCCCGGUGAGACCAGUUAAACUAAACCACCAGCCGGGCACCUAGCCGUCGGAAGGAGAGAGCCAUGUCAGAGCUUGCGGCGGGCGCCGUGAGCUCACUGCUGUCCGUCAUCCGCAGCGAGGCCCUGCUACUGGGUGGCGUCCGAGAUGACGUGCAGUUUAUCAAGGAGGAGAUGGAGAGCAUGAAGAGCUUCCUGGCGCACCUGGCCAGGUGGGCACCCCCCGGCGGCGAGCAUGACGAGCAGGUGCGCACCUGGAUGAACCAGGUGCGGCUGCUUGCCCAGGACUGCAACAACUGCAUCAACCUCUACCUCUACCGGGGGAACCCGGAUGUCCACCGCGCCAGAGGCGGACUCCGGCGCUACCUCUGGUGGGCAACCUGGUUCCUGCACAAGUUGGUUGCGCAGCACCGUGCUGCCGAGCAGCUGCGCCGGCUCAAGGAGCGGGCACGUGACGUCGGUGAGCGGCGGUUGAGGUAUGGUGUGGAGGUCCCGGCGAAGUCAGGGGAGGGGCAAUCGUCUCGGACGGCAGCAGCGACGACAAAGCAGACUGCUACACAAGGUAGCUAUGCUGCUGGGGACGGCGACGAGGACGAAGAUGGUGACUAUCAACUCGUGGGGGCAAUGGCGACCAACGGUCAUUCUGGUCGAAGAGCCUUCAUUGAGCCUCGCACUUUGGACGACUACGCGAAGGCAAAGCUAUGGGAGUGGAUACAUGGAAUCCCUUUAGGCGCCGGCGAAACUUUGUCCAUGGUGAUUGUGGCACCGUACACACAUCAGGACCUCCUCGCUCUUGUACAAGAAAUGUGGGUUUUGCCGCCGCCGGACGUCGUCUACCAUCGCAUUCUCUUGGUUGACAUCCCGGCCGUGCACCCGGAUUUUGUGCGGCUACGCCCCAAGGAAGUUCUCUUCUACAUUCUGCGUGAACUCAAGCAUGCUAAAUCCCACCAGCCCAAACCCCAGGAGCAACGCACAGAAGGCGAAGUGGAGGAGAAGAAUCUUGACCCCUGGGAAGUUUACAUAAGAAGAUUGCAAAUUUAUAGUGAAAAGAAGAGGGCUAUUGCGCUUCUUAAAAUCAAGGAGAAUAUCAAAGAGAUGAAGGUUUACGAAAAACUUGAGAAAAUCAAAAGUGAUAUUCAAGGUCGAGUGCUGAGGGGCGACAGACUUUCAAAGGGCGACAAGCUGCAGGGGGAGUUUGACCAGCUGGACCUAGAUGUACUCCUUGAGCUGAUGCUCCACGCAGCUGUUGAUGCGUCUCAACAAGGCCAAGGGAAGAAGAAAGACAUGCAUAGAUUACCACCAUGGGACAACAACAAUAUCAUCGUCAAGAAGCUUAAGGAGCAUAUGGAAGUAGAGGAAAAUGACAAGGUAGAAGAGGAAGAAGCAGUCAAGCACAUGGGGGUGGAACAAGGAGAAGAAGACACAGCCAAGCAUAGGGAAGAGGAAGGAGGAGAAGUAACAUGCACGCAUAUGGAGGAGGGGGGAGAAGUAACCAUACAUACAGAGGAAGGGAAAGGAGAAGUAACCAUACAUAGGGAGGAGGGGGAGGAAGGAGGUGGUGGAGGAGAAACAACAAAGCAUCUGGAGGAGGGGGAAGGAGAAGUAACCAUACACAGGGAGAAAGAGGAAGGGGGAGGAGGACAAACAUCUAAGCAUAUGGAGGGGAAAGGAGGAGGAAUCGAAAGUCAGCAAACGCCAUGGAUUCACCUCGACGAGGCACAAUAUGCACAGAUCUUGCGGAAGUUGUUCCCCAAGAGCAGCGGCAGCAAGCCCCUGCAGGCUCAAGACGGAUCGUUGGGCAAACAAGCUACAAAGACCACAACAGCUAUACUGGGUGAGGAUCAAAUCAAACAAAUGAUCCAUGAUGCAAAGGAAGACAUCUUACGGGAGCUGCAGGAAGGCAAAAAUGACAAUAGUGAAGCGACAGCCGAACCUGGUGUUCCGGAUCAAAGCCCAGAAACUAUUUCUGAAAAAAUCGGUCAGAUGAUGGACAAAAUAAAACAUGAAUUCAAAGAGCAGCUCAAGAUCAAAGGACUUGUGGAUGAGAUUAAACGUAACUUGAAUUAUGUUCCGGAGUGGAAUAAUUAUGAAGGUCCUCUGUUUAUCCUCAAAGUUGAUGAGCUGAUGGAUGUUUCCACAUGGGAGGAUACCAGAAAGGCUUUGAGCCUGCUAAACUGCAGCGCCGAUCUAAUGAUCGUCAACCCCACAAAGGACAUCCAGCUGGCUAAAGAAUAUUGCUAUCCACCGCGGGAACCUAUAGACUAUUCUCUUGAAGGCCUCUAUCAUGAUACAGUGCUCGAGCUUACUAGCCAACAGAAGAAUGAAGACAACUACAACCCCUAAAUUUUUCGUGAUAUCUUGUACGAGUGUGAGCCACAUGAAUUCUGCAUGAAGAUCUUCACUCAUGCUUUGUAUGCAAACCCCAAGAGGAGCAAUGAGGAGUUACUCAAGCUGCACAGCACCCUGCGGGCUUUGCCAACAUCAUUCCACAACAUCGCUAAGGUGAUGUUCAAGUUCUCUUACAAUGAUCUGCCGAAAGAAUACAAGUCAUGCUUGUUAUACCUAGCUAUCUUCCCUCCGGGAUACAAGAUUAGACGGUCAACCUUGAUCACACGGUGGGUUGCAGAAGGGCUGACAUCCAAGGAAGAUUGGCCCAGUUCUGUGUGUCAGGCCAACCGAUGUUUUGACGCACUUGUUGACCGGUGCCUUGUUUAUCCUGCUGAUAUUGGUGCCACGGGAAAUGUAAAGAGCUGCGUCGUAGGUGAUCCAGUUCAUGGAUUCAUUACCGCCAUCGCCAGAAAACAACACAUGGUGGAGACACGCCUGUCACAUCACUUGGCUCGCCACUUCUCCAUUUUCAAUGAAAUACAACUCCGCAGCUCUGAUAAAAUUGACAAAUUCUUCCAGGGGAUCUCUAAAUCACCUCGAGUAUCCCUGCUCAAGGUGCUAGAUCUAGAAGGUUGUCCUUACCUUGUUGGGAAGAACCAGCGGUACCUCAAGGACAUCUGCAGCAAGAUGUUACUGCUCAAGUAUCUCAGCCUCAGGAGAAUAUGUAUUACCCAGCUACCUCGUGAAAUCAACAACCUCCAUGAGCUAGAGGUAUUGGAUAUCCGAGAAACUAAGGUGCCUCCACAUGCAACAACAAAUAUCCUGUUGUUGAAGCUGAAGCGUCUGCUUGCGGGUCACAUUGACCAGAAUACAAGCAAUUUUGGCUCUAGUGGUCAGAUUCCUCGUAGGAUCGACAAAAUGGUUAACAUGGAGGUACUAUCUAAUGUCAAGGCCCAGCAGAGUCAUGAUUUAAAAGAAGUUGGAAAGCUAUGGCAACUGAGGAAGCUAGGUGUGGUUAUCGAUGAUAAGGAUAGUCACCUCAGGAAUUUUCUUCAGACGAUCAGUGACCUACAUGAGUGCCUCUGUUCUCUCUCAGUCACUACUAUUCCGGCAGCCACACCACACGAGGGUACUCCUUCCAGUGCAGAGUUACCAGGUGGCAUUGCCUCUCUCUUAGAAAACCAUCCCAAGAUUCUUGAGAGUCUAAGCAUCAGGGGAGCCACACAGAAGGGGCGUCUUCUUCCAUUAUUCAUAAAAGGUGAUAAAAACAAACUUGCCAAGGUAACUCUGGGUAGCACCCUGCUGAGCCAAGAUGAUCUGGUAGACCUUGCCAAGCUGCCCAAGUUACAGUUUAUCAGGCUCCAACACAUUGCAUGCACCGAGCCCAUGCUCAACUUCAAGAAGGGUGAAUUCAGUUGCCUCAAGUACCUUGUUGUUGAGGGCUCGGACUUGACUGAUAUCACUUUUGAGGAUGGAGCAGCCCCUGAGAUCGAGAAGAUGGUUUUGUCUUUCACCACCACAGGUUCUAUUUCUGGAAUUGACCGGCUUCCAAAACUGAAAGAGCUUGAGUUGAAUGACAGCUUCUGCGGCAGUUUGCUAUCUUCAUUUGACAAGGCCGCACACAUAGCCAAGCUGACUCUCCGUGGUACAUUGCUAGAGCAAGAUGCUCUACAAAUACUCGCCAAGAAACCAAGUAUACGCACUCUGGUGCUCUUGGAUAAGUCUUUUAGCGGAGGACAGAACGAGAUUACAUUAAAAAAAGAUGAGUUUUUAUGGCUCAACGUUCUUGUUGUUGACUGCUCAGCGAUCACCAAGAUCGUCUUCAUCUGUGGUUCUGCUCCUAGGCUCGAGAAGAUUGUCUGGUCAUCUUUCACAACUCUCUCCGGCAUUGACAAACUUCCUAGAUUGAAGGAGCUCGAGUUAAACGGUGGCCAGGUUCCUGAUGAGGUGAGAGAGGCCAUUGAAAAACAUAAAAACAAGCCUAGUCUUAAACUCAAUGGCCCAGAAACCCAAGACUAAGCAAAAGGAGAUGAACAAGAGGAUGACGACGAUGCUGCAACAUUCUCUUUCUGCUGGAAGAAACAGGUUUGACACCGGAAGGGCCUCUACUUUGGUCCCAUGUGUGGUUUGCGUGUGCUCGUGUAGUGUGGAUUGCUGUUCUGCUUGUCUGUUAAUUUUUCUUUGUGCUGGACAUGAACUUAAAACUGAGUAUGUCCAUUUACUUGCUCUA